ACUGUGAAUGUGAUCAAAGCGGGGACAAUUUCAGCAAGAAAUUACACCUUACUCGGCUUUCAAGAACUCAGGAGAGAAAACUUUUGAAUGUGACGUAUGUGGCAAAACUUUCCACAAAAAGUGUAAUCUCAGUAAACAUCAGAAAAUGCACAGAGGGGAGAAACCCGAUCAAUGUAGCGAGAGUGAGGAAGCCUUUAUCAGUAAAACAGUUCUUACAGUACACUGGAGAACUCAUACAGGGGAGAAACCCUAUGCAUGUAUCGAGUGUAAGAAAUCUUUCUGCCAUAAGUCUCACCUAACUGUUCAUCAGAGAACCCACACAGGAGAAAAACCAUAUGAGUGUUAUGAAUGUGGGAAAUCUUUCUCUGUGAAAACCAAACUCACUGUGCAUCUGAGAACACACACAGGGGAGAAGUCCUAUGAAUGCAACGAGUGUAGGAAAUCCUUUUACCAGAAGUCAGCCCUCAUUGUACAUCAAAGGAUUCACAAUAGAGAGACACAUCAUGAAUGCAAUGAUUGUGGUAAAACCUUCCAUAAGAAGUCCAUUCUCACGGCACAUCAGAGAACUCACACAGGAGAGAGACCUUAUGAAUGUAAAGAAUGUGGGAAAUCCUUUGGCCAUCGCCCAGCUCUUACCGUGCAUCAGAGAACUCAUACAAGAGACAAACCUUAUAAAUGUAACAAAUGUGGGAAAUCUUUCUGUGUAAAGCCAAAGCUCACUGUGCAUCUGAGACUUCACACCGGUGAGAAACCAUAUGAGUGUAAGGAAUGUGGGAAAACUUUCUACCAGAAAUCAAAACUCACUGUACACCAGAGAACUCACACAGGUGAGAAACCUUAUAAAUGUAACGAAUGUUGGAAGACCUUCUCUGAGAAGUCAACUCUCAAUAGGCAUCAGAGAACUCACACGGGAGAGAAGCCCUAUGGAUGCAAAGAAUGUAGGAAGACUUUCUACCAGAAGUCAGCCCUGACUGUGCAUCAGAGAACUCACACAGGAGAGAAGCCCUAUGGAUGUGAUGCAUGUGGGAAAACCUUCUGUCAGAAGUCACACCUCAGCAAACAUCAGAGAGCUCACACUGGGGAGAAGCCAUGUGUGGCAGAGACAGGCAAUAUGUACACCAAAACUCACUUUCUCUUUGUGUUGGGCACACAGUUUGCCUGCAUUUCUUGGCUCCUGUUUACUGUGGGUGGAAGCACGUAAUUGAGCUCUGGCCAAGAGACCAUGAACACAGAUUACGAAGUUACUUCCAUGCCUGGCCACAAAAAAACUUACUUGCCUUUGCUGAUUUUUCAUUCCUUGUGCUCCGGAAUGCAGAUUAGCCACAGGUGUGUCUUUGGAGCCACAGGGUGAAGAUGGCAACCAGGACUUAAGGCAGAAAGGACUGACUGGGGAGGGCAAAGAUCUUCCCAAUGCUGCCUCACAAAUCUUCACCUGCACUUACCUGAGUGAGAAGUAGUCAGUGUUGAAUCCUAUGUGUGACCUGUUUCCAACAGUGUGAGUCCAUUAUAGCUAGUUCAGUUUGCAAAUUUGAGGUCGGAUUCUGUGACAUUACCAGUCCUCGUGUAAGAGAGUCACACAGGAAAGAACCUUUGUUGUCCCUUUUCAUCCCCAAGCAAUGGAUGGAAAAAUCAAAUCAUAGGAAGAAAGAAAUUCAAUAAAUGCAGGAAUGCCUUUAUUGGGCAGAGACAGGUCAUUGAACACGGAGGAUAAUGUAAAACCUUAUCAAUAUCUUUAAUGUGUCCCAAUUUUCAACAGAAUGUCCAACUAUAUAUCAGUGAAUUUUUCAUGAAGCAAAAACUAUCAGUUUAGGUAAUGUGGAUAAAAAAAAUUCAGAUAGAAAUGAUACAUACUAUAUUAAAGAAAAUUUUUGAAAGACUAUA